AUGAUGAAGUGUCUCAAAGUUGAGGAUGCGCUCUCCUAUCUAGACCAGGUCAAGGCAAGGUUUUCUGGUCAGGGCGCCAUAUAUAUGGAUUUUCUUGACGUCAUGCGUGACUUCAAAGCACAAACAAUUGGGACGGAGGUUGUUAUUCACCGGGUACGUGAAUUAUUCGAAGGUCACCCUGAUUUAAUCACUGGAUUCAAUACAUUCAUACCUCAGGGGUAUCGCAUGGACACUCCUUUAACAUCACAUCAGUCUUUUAACAUCAAACCUACCUGCACUGUUGUCCCAUCAAGAACAACACUGUCCAUAUCCUCAACAGAUAACGUCACUCCAGUAAAAAGUGAAUGGUCAUCACCAGGCAGUUUAAGUGGUGUAACUAGCAAUCAGUGUGAACCUUUCGUCCGCUCAAAUAGCCUUCCCUUAACUGUUGCCUCACCCCCUGUACGUGCUUUAACACCGAACGUCCAAUCUGACAGUCUGAAUUAUAAUCCGCCAGUUCAGCAACAGUUUUUACCGACUGACUAUCAGGAAAACCUGUCCAAUGUCCUGGUUAGAAGUUCCCACAAUGUUACAAGUGUAACACAACCCUCUCAUGUGUACCAGCAACAUCAGCAAAUCCAGUCAUUCCAUCAUGCUCUUCAGUAUGUAAAUAAAAUCAAGAACCGGUUUCAAGGUAUACCUGAUGUCUACAAACGCUUCUUAGAUAUAUUACAGUGGUAUCAAAAAGAGCAACGACAUUCAGAUCCAUUGUGUCGCAAACAAGCAGAAUUACAAGUAUACCAAGAUGUCGCCAAACUAUUCGAUGGCCAAGAAGAUUUACUCCAAGAAUUCAACCAGUUUCUACCUGAAUCUUUCGGUGUCACAAGCGCUGUUACAGAAACAAUGAUAAAUAGGAAGAAUUCUGGUUAUUCACAACUUAGUGGGUCAGAUCUAUUAGAUCCUACUGUUCCAGUACCUCAAUUAAUAAAUCGUGUUUCAGAAGGUAUCAACCUUGCAUUAUCUUCUUGUAAGCAGCGUUCCAGUCAGGAGGGUAUUCUUCCAAAUGCAGAUACCAAAAAGCUAAAACGACUUGCUCCUACACCGAAUACUUCUUUCUCCAACAGUAGUUCUGCCCUUAAUCCACCCAAGAAAUCACGUUCAUCAGUGCGAGAUGUUAGCGUUGUUGACGCAAAUCAGCUUACCACAGGGAUUGGCUUGUCACUUUUACAAAAAAUUCGAGAUGCCUUGGAUGCUGAUAGUCCAGUUGGAAAUCGCUCGUAUCAAACUUUCCUACAAAAUGUUUGUUUGUUCAAUCGUCGGAUAAUUUCAGCUGAUGAACUAUUGGAGACGACACAUUCUCUAUUUUUGAGACAUGUCGAGGUGUGGAAGCGCUUCAGUGAUUUUAUCAUGUCAUCACGAAAUUCAUCUGAAGAAGGAUUUGGACAACUCCAGUCUCACUCUCCUACGUUUUUUCGAGAUAGACACGAUCGGGAUAAACAUAGUACUUGCAGCUUCAAAUGUGAACCUCAUACAUUUUCUGAUUCUUUAUCCAAUAAUGUGAAUAACCAACCACCUCCUUCAUUAAUUUCACUUGUAAAUGAAGCAUCUCAAAAGCGUUUGGAUCUGGAUUUUACUCAGCUUAGGACAUGUGGUGUAAGCUAUCGGGCACUCCCAUCAAAUUUCCCUCAAAGCAAGUGUUCUGGUCGCCAGAAAUGUCCAGUCGCGAAAGAAGUGUUAAAUGAUUCCUAUAUCAGUUUUUCUUCGCUUACUUCUGAAGAUUCUCAGUUUGUUUCAUCUAAAAAGAAUCAAUACGAGGAGAAUAUGUAUCGUGUCGAAGAUGAACGUUAUGAGGUGGAUAUGGUUACUGAACUCAAUCGAGCUGCAAUGCAAAAUCUUGUUGUUGUAAAAAGACGUAUGGAUAGGAUGAGCAAAGAGGAACUCAAUCAAUUCCAUAUGGAUGACAAAUUGGGUGGCACAUCUGCCAUUUUAAUGCGAAAAGCUAUUCACAGAGUUUAUGGUGAUAAAGCAGGUGAUGUAAUCUAUGGCUUAAGAAAUUGCCCCAAUACAGUCCUCCCGUUAGUUAUUCAACGUAUGCGUCAAAAAGACACUGAAUGGCGUGAGACUAUUCGUAAUUACCAACGUUCAUGGGCAGAUCAAGAUGCUCGUAACUACUUACGUUCGUUAGAUCAUCAAGGAGCAGCAUUCAAACAACGUGAUGCUCCAUUUAUUCGUAGUAAAACUAUGAUUAGUCAAAUUGAAUCGAUUGCUCGUAAUGAUAAGCAUACAUCAUGUCAUUCUAGCUCAGAUCCUGUUGGUAAAAUGAUUUCCAGUCUAUUGACUCAGCAAAAUCUUAUCUGUCGAGAUAUUAGCAAUCCAGGAACUAUUGGUUCUGCGUUGACCAAUGUCUUAGAAGGGAAUAAUGAAGACGAAUCAGCUCAUCUUACAUUGGUUUACCCACCAUCAGAUGUUAGGAAUACACUCUUAGAAGAUGCUGCCUCAUUGAUUAUACAUCAUGUGAAACGUCAAUCCAAUGCAAGCAAGAAUGAUAAACGAGCUAUGAAGUGUUUGGUAAGAACUGUAUUACAAGAUAUUUUCAUGGCGAAUCGCUUUCCAAUGUCAGAUGAUGAAGAUGAAGAGGAUGAAGAUGAUGAUAUCGAUCAAAAAGAGGAUGAAGAAGAGACGGUAGAUGAUCUAGGCGAAAAUGAAGAUGGUGAUCGAAAUCAAUCUGUACGUCAUUUAAAGUUAUCAAAACGUUGUCCUGAUUCUCGAAAAUUAAUAUCUGGUGAACAAACUAUGUUUUCUUCUACUACUGAUCAGUGUGAAUUUCAGUCUUCUGGAAAAGAUGAUGUGAAUGUAUUAGCAACAGCAGCAGCAGCAGUAAGUGAACCACUCAGUGUACAAACUGAUAGCUGCUUGCCUUUACGAUUAAAAGCAGAAGAUAUAAAUUAUAAUUCUCCAGAGAUAUCUACACAAAGUAGUUCUGUGCCUUGUCAUCACAAUCAUUUAGAUAAUUCAUCAAAUGAACUCCGUACAAUGGAAUUUGAUUUUGUGAAUAACUUACCAAAACAAGAAUACUAUUCUGUACUAUACGGAAAUAAUCACUGGUAUUCCUUCCUGAGACUUCAUCAUCUCCUUCUAUGCCGAUUGCAUCAUUUACGUACUUAUUGUGCUACAGCUACUCAACAGGCUACUUUAGAGAGAAAUGAAUAUCAUGUACAAGCAGCAGAAGUACUUCGGCUCCGUCGAUAUGGCGGCACUGAACCAUCACAAUAUUAUUCUCAUGCUCUCAAUUUAGUAAAAGAUUUAUUAGAUGGUGGUGAAGAUAUAAAUACAUUUGAAGACCGAUUACGAGAUAUGUUUGGUAUCUAUGCAUAUCCAUGGUUUACAAUGGAUCGUCUCAUAAUUAAUAUAGUUCGUCAAUUACAAGCACUUGCAAGUGGAGACGAAUUAAGUCGUCGACUAACAGCAUUACAUCGUUCUUGGAUAGGAAAUUCCACAUACAGUGAUCGUAUCCCUCAAUCGAUGAAUACUAUUUCCAACUUUUCUCAAUAUUCGGAUGUGUGUGGUCCAUUGUAUACUCGUGUUUGUCGAUUAGCCAAUGAAAGUGCUUACCAUUCACAAGCUAUGGCUAUUUGUUCUUCGUUUGCUAGUCCGACCGGCUCAUUUAAUGUUGCUUCUAGUUCUGGAAAUGCAUUUUCACCUAGUACAGGACAAAGUAAUACUAAUGCUUCUUUAAGUGGUAAUACUACUUCUUGGCCGAAUUGUUACUUGAUUGUUGUACUCUCAGAGGCAUCUACCAUGCUUAUUCGACUUAUGGAACCUGUUCAUGCAAUUAAAUAUGAGCCAGAGAAAAGUCAUGAUGCAUGUUUUUCGUAUUCUAGUCAUACGAACUAUGUUCCUCAUUCAUUAGAAGUCUCAUCAGUUGGUACUUCCAGUUUGGAUCAUGAAUUUCUCCUACAUAAAGAAAAUUUAAAAUCAAAUAUUUCUAUUCGACAUUGGUAUGAUUAUCUUACAAUCCAUCUUUCAUGGACUAUUGGAUGUGUACCGCACAGCAUUUAUUCGCGUAUUCGUCCAGUAUUCUUGUAUCGUACUGUUCGUAGGUGUGUGAACGCGUUAACUCGUGAUGCACUUCAACGAAGACAACGGCUUAUUCUUGAUACAGGAGAUAUUCAACCUGAAGAAAUUUUAGCGCAAGGACUAAUCUCCACUAAUGAGAAGUCUUCGGAAACAAUUUCAAUGAAUGAUUCUGGGGAACAAGAACAAUUAAAAACGUCUAGCACAUCUAACUUUGAACGAGAUGUUUGGGAGUUCAUGAUCCGUGUCUUCAGAAACGAUCUCACACAUCGAGAGCUAUUCCGUGAUACAUUUUCAAGUGAUUGUAUGCAUUCCACUGAAUGUCUAGAUGCUGGAAAAGUUACUCGUAAUCACAAGAUAAACUGGUCAGUCGGUUCGUAUGGAAUUUUUAUCCGGUAUCGUAAACGGGUUUCUCGAAAAUACUCUCCAGCAAAAUGGCAUAAAUUUCAUGCUGAUUGGCUAGUGAAACAUACUAGUUGUGGAUAUUUUCCCAACGAGGAUAAAACAUUAAAUACUGGACAAGAAGUGAAACCUGAGUUGAAUGAGAUUACCAAUUCUUGUAUGAUUUUAUCAGAGAAACCAGUUGAAGAGAAAUUGACUUUCGAGACAACUAACAACAACCAAUUAGUAUUCAGUAGUAGUACUAGUAGUGAUACUCGACGAAAUUUAUCGACUAGUGGAUUCUUCAAUGUGCAAACUGAACAACCAAAUGUUACUAUGGAUACAAUAUUAGCAACUCAAUUAGAAUCGGAUGCCUCGUAUUCAUCAUCAUCGUAA